UUUAAAAGAAGACAACAACAAUGGGGAAAGAGAAAGCUCACAUCAAUCUUGUAAUAAUUGGCCAUGUAGAUUCGGGUAAAUCCACUACUACAGGCCACCUUAUUUAUAAAUGCGGUGGUAUUGAGCGGCGCACUAUAGAAAAACUGGAACAAGCAGCACUUCAGAUUGGGAAAGGAUCGUUUAAAUACGCUUGGGUCUUGGAUAAACUAAAGGCUGAGCGAGAAAGAGGCAUCACAAUAGAUAUUUCACUCUGGAAAUUUCAUACCCAGAGAUACUACUUCACCAUAAUAGAUGCUCCCGGUCAUCGAGACUUCAUCAAAAACAUGCUCACCGGAACAUCCCAGGCUGAUGUUGCCCUCCUGGUUGUCUCAGCCGCCCUGGGUGAGUUCGAAGCUGGGAUCUCCAGGUCGGGUCAGACUCGGGAACAUGCACUCCUAGCUUUCACGCUCGGAGUAAAACAGCUCUUCGUCUGCGUCAAUAAGAUGGAUGUAACUCAGCCGCCGUACAGCCAGAGGAGGUUUGAGGAAGUGGUGAAGAACGUGACCGUUUAUAUCCGCAAGAUUGGCUACGAUGUAGCGAGUGUCCCUUUCAUCCCCAUCUCCGGUUGGAAUGGAGAGAACAUGCUGACUCCCAGUGCCAGGAUGCCUUGGUUCAGAGGGUGGAAAAUAAAACGGAGAGAGGGACAUGCGAGUGGCCAAACGCUGCUUGAAGUACUGGACUCGAUCCUUCUUCCUGGACGCUCCCUGAACAAACCCUUACGUUUGCCACUGCAGGAUGUCUACAAAAUCGGAGGCAUUGGCACAGUUCCUGUUGGAAGGGUGGAAACUGGAGUUUUGAAGCCUGGUAAUAUGGUGACCUUUGCUCCAGUGAACUUGACAGCUGAAGUGAAAUCGAUUGAGAUGCACCAUGAAGCUGUUGCUGAAGCUUUCCCUGGCUUCAAUGUGGGUUUCAACAUUAAAAAUGUAUCUGUGAAGGCUAUUCGUCGUGGUAAUGUGGCUGGAAAUUGCAGAAAUGAUCCACCAACUGAGACCAACUGCUUCAUUGCUCAGAUAAUUGUCCUCAAUCAUCCAGGCUAUAUAAAGGUUGGUUAUUCUCCAGUGGUAGACUGCCAUACAGCCCAUAUUACUUGCAGGCUUUCUGAGUUUAAAGAAAGGCUUGACCGACGUUCUGGGCAAAAGCUAGAGGAUAAUCCUAUAGCAUUGAAGUCUGGAGAUGCUGCCACAGUGGAAUUUGUCCCAAUCAAACCACUUUGUGUUGAAACCUUCUUUGACUACCCACCUCUUGGUCGCUUUGCUGCCCGUGAUUUAAAGCAGACUGUUGCUGUUGGGGUAAUUAAAUCUGUGGAUAAAGCUUCAAGUGCUAAGAAGUUGAUGCAGAAGCCACUUAAAGUGUUCUAAAUAUUUGUUCUUUGAGGGCAAAUAGAAGUAGCAGAUCCUUUUUUUAUUUUGGUUGAAAUUUUUGUUUAAUUCAGUACAAUGAGCUGUUUUGCACUGCAAUUAGCGGUGCUUUCCCAACUGCCUGCUACAACUAAUAAACUUGUGUGCAUAUGA